AUGGGUGCUGAAACCCCACAAGACGGUCUUCUCAAACUGUGGGAAUCUAUUCCCGAAAACUUACGCCCCAGCGGCUCCUACACGUUCGACGCAUUGUCCAGUACCGUUGCUUCGCUUGUCGCCAAAGCCCAGGAAACCUCCAGCUCGCAAUGUGAGCAUAAGAAUGAGCUGGCUAAAGUUCUCGGGAAAGUCUGCACUGCAGAUGACUCCUGGAAAGACCUGCUGGAGAUUACACGCAAAGCCGCCUGGAAGUCAUACAAGAAACUCACAGGAAAUAAGCCCAGGCCGUUUAACGGAACCAUCUCUGACUAUCCACGAUGGAAAACCGACAUACGAAACUGGGCUGCUAUGAACGGAGCCGUACCGGGAGACAUGCUCGCCACAGCUGUCCUCCAGAACACAACUGGUCCCGCUAAAAAAUGGACGUUAUCCAAGAAGAUUGACCAGUAUUCAAAGACCGACGGGGUCCCUGUCUCUUCGGCUGCCACAUUGGAAGCAAUCUUGAAAGACAUGGAUAACCUCUUCAAGGACCCUUCGGCCAGGUGGCGAACGCUCACAAAAUACCAAAAUGCCCGUCAAGGAACCAGGCCCGUUCUCGAAUACAACAUCUACUUUCAUAAUCUAGUCGUUGAACUUGGCUACGACCCUGAACCCUCGUCCUCCGUAGUCUAUGAUUAUAUCCUGUCUCUGCGCCCUGGGGUUCGGGAGAGAGUAGAAUGCUGGCAUCUGUUGAAAACGCGUAGAGAUCAGGAUAAAUGUACUUUAGAAGACUGCAUGUUCGAGGCUGCAUUGGCCGACAAUGAAAUCCCAGUACCCAAGAAGAAGCGACGUCAACGGCAGAAGUAG